AUGAAUCCAACCUCACUCUUCUGUUCCCUGAUGGGCGCCGUAGAUGGCGCAGAAUACACAGCUGCCGCAAAAGGUCAUCCAUGCGGUCACAUAUUCAAGGCUGGCGAAUCAACAUACCACUGCAAGACAUGUGCCGCCGAUGAUACAUGCGUUCUCUGCGCAAGAUGCUUCGCCGAGUCCGACCACGAAGGCCACAUGGUUUAUAUCAGCGUCUCCCCAGGCAACAGUGGUUGCUGCGAUUGUGCCGACGAUGAAGCUUGGGUUCGCCCAGUCCACUGCACUAUUCACAGUGCCGACGAUGCGCCUGGCCUCAAAGCCGCUGGAAAGACAAGCCAAGUCCCAACUUUGCCUGACGAGCUACUCACACCUGUUCGUAUGACCAUCGCAAAGGCCUUCGAUUACAUGUGUGAUGUCUUCUCCUGCUCGCCAGAGCAACUGCGCUUGCAAAAGACCGAGGAUACUGUUCGCAGGGAUGAGCUUCUGUCACGUCUCACGUCUCACCUCUACGGUGGCGCCGAGGUUGACGAGUCAGAUGAAGAGUAUGCUUUGGUAUUGUGGAACGAUGAAAAGCACACCGUCACCGACGUUCAGAACCAGGUAGCCAAAGCCUGCAGAAAAUCCAAGAGCUUUGGUCUGCAGAAAGCCAUGGAGGUCAAUGACAAUGGCAGGAGCAUCAUCCAUUACUCGCACGAUCUUGCCGAACUCCUUCGCAUGGCCGCAAUUAUAGAACAGCUCAAGGUCACCGUAACUGUCCGGUCUGCCAGAGAUACCUUUCGCGAGCAAAUGUGCAGCACAAUCGUUGACUGGAUCUCGGAUAUAUCAGGCUGCUCAAUCGCAUCCGACCCCCAUGUCCUCCGCAAUACGAUUUGCGAGGAGUUGCUGCGACCGUGGCGCAUGGGUAGCGAAGCCACGAACGCUUCAAUAGGAGAGGGAGGUAUUGACGAUCACGAGCAUGAAGAAAAUGUCCAUAACCGAAGAGAGCAAGCUAGAUGGUUCCGUCCCUUAGCCGGCAUCAACGUUGUGAGAAUCAAUGUUGAAAACGACGACGACGAGAACGAAGAAGCCGACGAUGAUGAGGACGAAGAUGAUGAGAACGAUAUGACUAUUGAGGAAUUUCUUAUGGCAGAACACGAGGAUCUCGGCGCUGAAGAGGCCAUGGAUUUGGACCUACAAAACAAUGAUCCCCUCGCUAUGGCUAUUGAUGAUAACGACAUGGAUCUUGACCUUGUAGAUAUCGACACCGAAGGUCCUGCUGAAAACCUUGAAGCAACUUUAGCUGGAUAUCCUGCACCUCCACCGCCCCCACCGACCACACGUCGUCGAACGAGAUCUGUGACUGUGAACGAAUCUGACGCCGGAGAACAACACCCAUCAUCAAGGCCAGAUCCACCUUCUCAGCCGUCGGCACCCUUCUCUAAUCUUCCAAAAACACCAAAGCUUAGAGUCAAGCCCAACCGUCCCAUCCGUCCUGCUCGUUAUUGGCUAGAGACUCCUGAAGAAUACAGAUCACAGUCAGCCUCUACCCCUGCGGAAGACCUUUGGCAAAGAGUUCGUCUUGACUAUCUCAUACUGUACGAUCUGAGGAUGUGGAAAACUCUUCGUAUUGAUCUUCGCCAUCUCUACAUUAGUACUGUCGUCACUGUGCCUCAGUUCAAGCGCAUACUGGGAUUGAGAUUUGCUGGCCUUUACACCAUGUUAGCUCAGCUCUAUCUUAUCGCUGACCGCGAGCCGGAUCAUUCCAUCAUCAAUCUGUCUGUGCAAAUGCUUACAACUCCUUCUAUCACAGCAGAAGUUGUGGAAAGGGGCAACUUCCUUACCAAUCUUCUUGCCAUCCUCUACACAUUUCUCACCACCCGUCAAGUUGGGUUCCCGAAGGACGUGAAUCCAAAUGCGACCCUUGCGUUUGAUGCAGGCGCUGUUACCAACAGACGCAUGUUCCACUUCUUCCUCGAUACACGUUACAUGUUCCAAUCAGCCUUUGUACAAGAAAAGGUUCGAAAUGAACCUCGCUAUCUGAUGCAGUUCUUAGACCUGGUCAAACUUCAUCAGGGCAUUUGUCCCAACGUUCGAGCAGUGGGCGAGCACGUUGAAUAUGAAGCGGACGCGUGGAUCAGCGCUACUUUGAUCAUCAAGGAGAUCAACAGGCUUUGUCGUCAAGUCGCAGAAGCAUUCAGAUGGUCUGACGAUGAUGACACAACUCCAGUACAGAGAGCCAUCAGAUAUGCCGCGCAAGUCACUUUCAUAAACGCUUUUGGCCUUGAGCGCAACAGAUUCCCGGCUGCUGAGAUUAAGGAAGCCCAGACCUUCUUGCGACUACCUAUCAAGAAGAGACCAAGUCAUGUCGAAGCGAUCGACCGUGAGGCGAUAUGCCGUGACGAAAGCUAUAGUCUACCUCAAUUCGACGUAGCAACUGGUGCAAUGAGUUUCCAUCACCCUCUACACUACCUCUUAUCGUGGUUGCUUGAGGCAGGUGUAGAUAUUACGCGCGAGCAAAUGCUGAGAGUGCUGCAAUUCACCUCAGCCGACUUCAGAGACCCUUGGCAGACAAGCUGGAAGACCGCGCCGCAGACUACCAAUUUUGAUCCGGCCGAGAUUAUUACUAUGCUCUUUGAGCAUCCCCUGCGUGUUUGUGCCUGGCUUGCUCAGAUGCGCGCCGGUAUGUGGGUUCGUAAUGGCGUAACUCUCCGACACCAGAUGCAUCAGUACCGCGGAACUGUUCAACGGGACGUCUCUUAUCAGCGUGAUAUAUUCAUGUUGCAAGCAGGUCUUGUGCUGUGCGGGAACUCGGAUGAAUCAUUGGGUGAACGAUUCCUGGCCCAGAUCGUUGACCGAUUUGAUCUGUCCGGUUUUGUCAAUGGUGUCUUCGAUCUUUACCCAGGUUAUGAUGAGCAACAAAGGCUUGAUGUCACUGAAGAGUUCUUCCAUCUGCUCAUCAUCCUGCUCAGCGAAAGACAGAAUCUUUUGCCUGGCCAGGAUAAGCCCAGUCAGCAUGUCAAGCUCUUGCAGCGUGACAUCGCACACGUACUUUGCUUCAAGCCUUUGUCAUUCUCAGACAUUUCCAGCCGUUUGACUGAUAGAGUCGCGGACUCGGAAGAGUUCGACUCAAUCCUCGAGAGCAUGACAAAUUUCCGUGCGCCUGAAGGCUUGAAUGACUCAGGCACGUUCGAAUUGCAUCCUCGUUUCAUCGAGCUCAUUGACCCAUACUAUGCGUAUUACAACCGUAAUCAACGCGAAGAAGCCGAGACCGUUUACAGAGAGUACAUGGCUAAGAAAAUCAACAAAAGUGCCGCAGACAUCGUUUUUGAGCCUCAUCUCCAACCCAUCAACUCCGGACUAUUCAAAACUCUUGGUGCAUUCACACAAACUACGCUCUUCAGUGAGAUCAUUUAUUGGGGUCUGGAGUUCUGCUUGCGCCAUGACGAGGCAAGUGAUAGUGCACAGAUCACCAGGAUCGAGACGAUGCUACAUGUAAUCCUCCACCUCACGCUCCUGGCUGUGAUAGAAGACGCAACUCCACAUGGGCCGAAGCCGAUGGUGGCAGAAGAUAGCUUUGUCAGGUUGGCUCUAGCAGUCUCACACAGCGAAGAGAGCGCAGAAAAGACCAUUGUCGACUCCCUUUUCCGCUUGUCAAAGGUUAAAGCGUUUGCAUCUUGUACACCCAAAGUUCUGCAUAUUCUCAACAAAAUGUCCGCGAAGUGGCCAGAAGAAUUUGCCUCCGCCAAAUCAAGGCUGUCACCUGAUAGUAAAGAAGAGAGCGCCGAGCCCGCACCUACUCUAUCCGAGGACAAGGAGGCCAAGAAGAAAGCUGCGCUUGAACGUCAAGCAAGGGUCAUGGCACAAUUCAAAGCACAGCAAACAUCAUUCAUGGAGAAUCAAGGCCUAGAUUGGGAAGCAGAUGAUUACAGUGACAUGGAACAAGAUGACGAGAAAGACAAGGCUAUCGAAACCAAGGUCUGCCCCUUCCCCAAGGAGCCCUGUAUCUUGUGUCAAGAAGACACCGAUGACAGUAGAAUUUACGGCACAUUUGCUUUUAUCGCGCCGAGUAGAAUACUCAGGCAAACGCCUCUGGAUGACAAAGACUUCGUAAGAGAGGUUUUGGAUACACCGGAAAACCUUGACCAGUCUGCGGACGCCAUAAGACCUUUCGGCGUCGCCAAAUUUGCAACAGAGACAGUUGAAAAGGUCAACACCGAUGGUUCCAAGGCAACACAAGAGAAACGAGGUCUCGGAAAGGGCUUCCCGCACAACAAUGCCUUUCAAGGUCCUGUCCUCAACAGCUGCGGCCAUAUUAUGCACUUUGGUUGUUUUGAAGCAUACCUGGCAGCGACCAAGAGAAGACAUACGCAGCAUAUCUCACGCAAUCAUCCCGAGCGACCCGACACAUUUGAGUUCAUCUGUCCCCUUUGCAAAGCACUUGGGAACACUUUUCUGCCAAUCAUCUGGAAGGAGAAGCACUAUAAUUCAUCAUCUACCCUUGAUCAGCAGUCAAAGACCUUCGACCAGUGGAUUUCCGACCAAGAAACACACAGAAUCGCCGACCAAGUAGGCCAGUUGCCUCCAAGCGUCUCCGUUCGUGAGGCUCAUAUGGAAUACAUGCAGAAAGCAUUAGUCCCAACGCUCGCAUCCUCCUUCCCACAAGCUUCUUCCUCGCAUGCUAUGGAAGCUCGUACGACGGACCCGGAUUCGGACACGCAGAGCUCUGAAGAAGAGUCCAGGUCGACUAUACCGGACAUGGUUCGCAGAGUGGCGGAUCAAUUCGAGCUCAAUGCAACUGGUUUGCCUGGGUUGGAGACGCUCGUCAAUCUGACACCAAGGUUGGAAACUUUGACUAACCUGGCCAGCAGACUUGACUCUCGGAACCGACCUGCUACGCCAUCUGCAGAGCUCAAGAGAGCAUACAAUCGUAUCGAAGAGAGCUUGAGCCCGAUCGGCGCUUUGAAGCCCAACACUAUUGGCCUGGAACCUGGAACGCAGUCUUCAACGAUCCGCCUAGCUGAAACUCUUUGCAAUACCUUGGCCUUUACCAUUUCAAGUAUCGAAAUUUCAUAUCGUGGAGUCGCAAGUCCUAUGGAUGGUGAAACUGGCACGUUCCUUGACGCGAUUUCAGAACAGAGCAUGAAGACCUUGCGUAUCCUUUCUGAGACUGUUCGAACUGCGACGGCUACCGCUGCUGUCAAGAGCGGCAUGCCCGAGUACUUCAGAGAAACCAGAGUCCACAACGCGUGGGCUGGCCAAUUGAAGAAGGUCUUUGGCGAUACAUCUGGCGAAGAUCCAGCACUUCCAUAUGCUUCAUUGUUCGGCCAUGAUUUGUUCACCUUCUUCGCGAGCUGUGCUGUCAACGAAGUGCUCAUGGGCGAGAACAUGCAUCACAUUCUCAGACUUUGUUACUCUGCAGAGCUGAUCAAGGUGAUCGUCACGUUCCUGUGUCGCGAUUCAAUUUCAGAUGCUCAGCAAGAUUCUCAUCUGGGCAGCUGGGAUCUGUCAGGAAUCAAGCUCUUCCAGACUUGGUGCAAAGAGCACGAUGCUAUCAAGUUUAGCCCCAACAUCUCAGGAUCACGUCUCUCGGAGCAAGAGUUCUGGGAUCUAAACUGGGACGUACCGGAUCUGGGCAAGUUGAUUGAUGCAUACGCUCUUACAUUCCUCAGGAAGGCGUUGCUCCUGACUCAUGUUCAUUUCGGUGUUGACUUCACGAGCUCCCACGCGAACACAGAGCUGUCAGAGCUGCAACGUCUAAGCAAAAUCCUUCGUCUCCCCUCACCGCAAGAGGUAGUAGGGCAACUCGGUAAUGAUGAACGAUUCCAGAUGGUUGCUGCGCGAUGGAUAAACAGUGUCCUCGUCAGCACUGCCGCGAAGGAAAGACUGCGAACAGAUGCACAGUAUCUCAGUCAUCCAACGAUAUUUGAGCUUGUUGGCUUGCCCAAGCAUUAUGACACUCUGACAGAAGAAGCUAUCAAAAGACGUUGUCCUACGACUGGCAAGGAAGUCACGGAUCCGGCCAUCUGUCUGUUCUGUGGAGAGAUUUUCUGCAGUCAAGCUAGUUGCUGCAUGACAGACCGCAACAAGGGUGGUUGUUACCAGCACCGAGAGAAGUGCAGCGGUAACAUUGGUAUAUUCAUCAACAUUCGGAAGUGCAUGGUCUUGUUCCUGCACCACAGCCACGGUAGCUGGUACCAUGCGCCCUAUCUGGAUCGUCACGGUGAGGUCGACCCAACGCUGCGUCGCCACCACCAGCUCUUCCUCAAUCAGAAGAGAUACGACAAGCUGCUCAGAGAAGCAUGGCUUAAUCAUGGUAUUCCUAGUGUGAUCUCAAGAAGACUUGAAGGUGAUAUGAACACUGGAGGUUGGGAGACACUUUGA